AUGUCUCUCCUUGGAAGAGAAAACAAUGGAUGCCACGGAGGACUUCCAUCAAGAGCCUUUGAAUAUAUUAUAAACAACGGAGGAAUCGACACUGAGAAGUCCUACCCGUAUCUUGGAAAGGAAAAAAAACCCCAUACAUGUCAAUAUCAACAAGACAAUGUCGGGGCCACCUGUCAGGGCUUCGUUAGCCUUCCCUCCGGGGACGAGCAGAAACUCCAGGAAGCAGUGGCUAGCGUGGGUCCAGUCUCUGUUGGUAUUGAUGCCAGAAGUAACAAGUUUCAACUGUACAGAGAGGGUGUGUAUUAUAACAGCGAGUGUAGCAGUGUAGACUUGGACCACGGCGUUUUAGUUGUUGGAUAUGGUGUAUACCAAGGAAAAGACUAUUGGCUCGUCAAAAACAGCUGGGGUACAUCCUGGGGUCUGCAUGGUUAUAUAAUGAUGUCCCGUAAUCAGGACAACCAGUGUGGGAUCGCGACUCUUGCCACGUAUCCGACCGUAGCUGGGUUUUCCUUUACCAGAAACCUUGGGGUGUAUUCCUCCGCCAGAGACCUUGGGGCCAUAUAUACUUUUCUUAUUUUGGUAUUCUUUCCCCUCUAAGAUUGUACUUAGCUGUAUAUACACGUGGUCACAUAUAGGCAUCUAGAGCCCUAAUCUGAUUUAUAGAUUUUCAUAAAGAUGGAUGAAAUACUUUUUACAGGGUUAUUUUAAUACUGUAUACAGGGUUAUUUUCGCCCCGUGUUAUUUUCGUCCUUCUACACUUGCUGACGGUUUCAUCCCGUUUUAAAUUCGCCCACACACCGUUGUGUUAAAAGCGAGAUAAUGGAAAGAACAGUUUCACCCAGUCUUAAUUUCGUCCGCUGACAACGAGGGCAAAGGGGGGCGAAAAUAAAAUGGUGGCAAAUAUUUCCCAGUAUGCAGUAAUAUUAAUCAUCGAUAGUUUGCUUUCCUGGCUUAUGACACUUAUACAUGUAAUAUAGUAUACACAACAGACAUUAAUACACAAACUUCUAUUCAAGUAAUAUUCAAUUUCUUCCAAAUGUAAAAUGUUUUGCGGGAACGAAAUCUAAGAAAAACAAGAGAGCUUCAGUGGAAACUAACACAACUAUUCCAAAACUCCGGAUGUUCUGUGAUGACACGAAAGUUGUCGAAUUGAGGAGGACAAGGACUUGGUGUCUACAGUGAGGUUACGUUUGACUUCUUGCAACAUUUCCUGCAAUUCCGCUCAAGUCAUGUUUGUGUUAUUUCAAUAGCAAAGAUACCGUUGUGGUACUAUCUGUCACUGUAAACUCAGUUUACUGUGUGAUACCGUUGUGGUACUAUCUGUCACUGUAAACUCAGUUUACUGUGUGGUUUGGUGCGUAGUGUGUAAAAUAGUGUACAGCGUGGUGGCACCAUCUGCGUUUAGCGUUGUUGAUUUAGGUGACACUGCGAUUUGACCGUACAUUUGUAAUUUCAGAGUCUGUUGUAUGUACAUUAGCUAAGACGGUGAUCUGGUUUAUCGUUUAUUUGUAGUGUUGAAUCCCCCGCUGUUGUGGUACAUGUAUCCACAAUGUAAAUAUAUAAGCUUAUUGUACUGUAUGUAAUUUCAACAAAAACAGAUUGCAUAUGAAACACAUAAUCAAGAUCAUUUAUAAAGUAUAUAUAAAUAAACAAUUCAUAAUUCA